GUGUCGCUGAGCUCUGCUCUCCAGAAAGCAGAGCAGCGAUGGUGCGGAGAAGAGGCCAGUUCUGCAGAUGGACCAUCACUUGGAGCAUGGAGGCCGUCGCCUGGAUGAUAGUUUCUCUCCAGAUCCUUCUCUCCGAAUCAACCCACCAAGAUUUCGAGGAUUCUUCUUGGAUUCAGCCUCCAGCAGCUCCCACCCUGGCCUGGUCCUCUCCUUACCACUCCCUUGUCAAAGGAGAACAGAUCACAUUAGCUUGUUCCCCCCCAGAUGGACAGAAGGGAGAGAAUCACGUCUUCUACCGCAUCAAUGAAAAGGGUCAACAAUAUAUAUAUAAAAAACAGAAUGGAAGUACUCUGGUUAUUUCUGCAUUACGAGUGGCUCCAAAAGCAACAUUUUUUUGUUCUUACUGGGGGAAAAACAAUGCAGGCAGAAGGUCCGAGUCUCAAAAGAGUAAUCAGGUUGAAUUCUCUGUCAUUGAUCCUCCACCACCUCCCAGCCUUUCUCCAGUUCCUUCAGAACCUGUGUAUCUUGCUGGGGAGAAAGUCACCCUCUGGUGCUCAGCUCCCACCGUCACUCUUCAAGGCUGGAGGCGCUACCAGUUCUCCCAAUCAGCUGAGGAUCGGUCCUCUGCAAAGAGCCUGGAUUUGCAUGAAGACCCCUCACUGGUCCUCACAGCCUCAAGGGAGAAGGAGGGAAGGUAUGCCUGCCGAUACGUAGAGAGGAAAUAUGGGAGAAGCAUCUUUUCAGAGUGGAGUUAUCCUGUCCCAAUUCUGGUGAGAGAUCCACUGCCUCCCCCAGUGUUGAAAGUGGACCAUCCCUCUGGAGCAGUGGGGGAAAGCAAACCCCUGUCCAUCUUUUGUUUGUCCAACGAGAGCAAUAAUACCAAAAGGUUCCAUUUCUCCCGGGAUGGUGUGGAGAUCAAAGGGCCUCUGAGGAGCAGCAGAGAACCUGGGGAUGUCACUCUAAAUAUGUCUCUAGCCUUCCUAUAUGCCAAACACCAUCAGAGUGGGAAAUUUGCUUGCAGAUAUGAGGAAAAUAUAAAUGGGCGGUGGAUCAUGUCUCCUUGGAGCCAGAUGCUGAAUAUCAGAGUUUCCUCAGCACCUUUUGCCCCAUCAGUGGGCUACGCAGCUUUGGGUCUUCUUGUCCCCUUCCUGGGAGUGCCACUGGCCUUCUACUGGAGCAGGAGGAAGAACGCAUCAGGAUGCCAGCAGAAAUCUGAGCGUAAAGAGAAAAAGGAGGAAGCCAAAUUGAAUGAUCUUGGAUCUGAGAGACUUGAGAGAGAAGAUUUACAAAAUUCAGAGGUCACCUAUGCUUUUGUCAGUAAGGUAUCUGCUGUGACUCCUUUGGGACUUAGGACUGAGAAUGAUCUGAGGACAACAGAAGGUGAGCAGGUCAUGUACAGCAAGCUCCAACUUCAAGCUACCAGCAGAACAGCGUAGCUUGAGUAGCUAUCCAAAGGCCACUUCCAGCCUUUCCAUCACCAGGGAUGGAGGAGUUGCUCUGAUUCUGUUGGAGUACUUGGGAAUAGACAUGGUUAUAUCUUCAGGAGUCCACAGAAAUCACGGAGAACUGACAGCCUAUCCACCUUUCCUGGCGAGUAGAUCUAUUGGACUCUCAUACAAUUGCUGGCCAGGAAUUAAUGUGCUGUCCUGCCUUCCCCAUUUUGUGCUAAAAGGUACCUCCUGUCCCUGUUGUUUAAGGAGAAAAAAGUGGGGGAAAUAAAAAU